AUGGGUUUCGACUUGGAGGGCUCUCCGCCCAACAACAAAUCGAAAGCCGCGAAGUUCAAUGCCCAUGUCUUAAAAAAGCUACAGGCAGCUCUCGUUCAAGAUCCAGAGAUCAACUUGGCCGAGCAAUUUCCCGCCGCAUAUGUGAACCGACUCCUGGAAAUGCGAAAAACAUCCGAGCCCCCUCCCAAGCGAGCAAAGUUCAAUCCUGAUGCCGAUGGAGACAUCCGACGAUCCCUUUGUCCAUCAGACCCAACCAAAAUCAUCUUCCCUCUUUCGGAAUCAGUUAAAAACUUACUCCAAUCGGUGUCCCAGACUGCGGAACAUCUCUCUGACGAACUCUCCCAAAGGAUCAUUGAAGUCCUACACAGCAGCGAAGUUCUUUGGAAACCUCCUUUCGCCCGCCACAAAGGCGUCUUCAAAUGCUCCGCAGACAUAGCUGUGAAAGCAAUUCGGAACAUGGAGCACUACACUGAAUACACCACUUUACAAUAUCUCGCCCAUCACAAGCCAAAUAUCCCAGCACCAAGACCGCUUGGCUUAGUGCGCAUGGGGAAAAUUUCUUUACUCUUCAUGACUUACAUGCGAUCUACGCCGCUCGGCGAAGUCUGGCAAACACUUGAACCCUGUCAAAAAGCCUCCCUUAGGAACCAACUCAACGCCAUACUUGCUGAUUUGAGAACCCUGCCCUUUACCGAAGGGGCCCCGUUGGGUGGAGUCGCCGGUGAAGGAUGCAAAGAUCUUAGAAGGCAUGUUCGUGUGAGCAAUACACCCAUAACCAGCCUGGAGGAAUUUGAAAUAUUCUUGUUCUCGAGCCCGCAUGCGGGCGGCAGCGUGUUUGUCGAGUUUCUUCGUCAAUUAUCUCCGUCGUACACGCGGACUUCGGGCCCGAGCAUUGUUUUUACGCAUGGAGACAUCAGGCCGGACAAUAUCAUGGUUGAAGUGGCUGAUAACGACCAGUACAUGAUUUCUGGAAUCAUUGAUUGGGAGUAUAGUGGGUUCUAUCCUGACUAUUAUGAAUCUGUUCGCUGCACAAAUUGCCUAGGCCCUUACGAGGAGGAUGACUGGUUUUUGUAUCUGCCAGAGUGUAUCUCGCCAAAUAUCUACACUCAAUGGUGGCUUCUUGAUCGAGUCAGAGAAAGCAGAGUCGUGUGA